GAGAGAGAGAAAGAGAGAGGGGGAGGGAGAGAGAGAGAGAGAGAGGGGAGAUGUGAUUAGAGCGAGCAACACUCCCUCUCUUCCCUUCCCUCUCCCUUUCCUCUUCACUAAUUGCCAAGUAUAAAAAACAUUAUUCAUUAGUUACAGCCUCUCAUUUACAGACCGUGUGCGCGUGUGUUCCCUUUUGAAGGCAAACCCAUUCAUAGAGAAGAGCCCUACGGUGUCUCUGUGGCUCCUAUGUGUAUCACUCAGUGAUCAAUAGAGAGAGAGAGAGAGAGAGAGAGAGAGAGAGAGAGAGAGAGAGAGAGAGAGAGGGAGAGAAGGAGGAGAGUGGACGGACUUGUAGGGAAGAUCCCAGGGGCAACAGAUCUGGUUUGCUGGGCUGGAAACGCCAACCACUACAGGAUGGAUUCCUGCACGACGUGACCGCCUCCGAGAAACACCGGGCUUUUCUUUCCCUUUUUUCUUUUAAAAGUGGUGCAGGACAUCAGCCAGGAUGUCAGGGAUGGACGUCUCGUCGGUGGACCACAAUGACACUGGAAUCUCCCCCGUGGAUGACGGGGCCUUCCUCCGCUUCUCCCCAACUUCCGCUUCCACUUCCGCGGCCGCAUCGUCACCAGGACGUCAGGGCAGCCUGUAUGUUUACGUGUGGCUCUUCCUCGGCCUGCUGGUAUUCCUGCUGACGCUGCUCAUCAUCUCCCUCCACAGGCUGAAGAACAUAAUCUCCUCCUCUUCCUCUGUCCCCGACUGCAGCAGCGAGGGAGGCAGCUCCUUCACCAACAUGGAGAUCUGUAGCAUCUCGUCGCGUAGGUCCACCAUCUCCUCGCUGUCCACCUGAGGGAGACACAUGGGCACACUGUGUUAUGCCCACGUGCAUGCUGGGCUGAUGCUAUGAGCAGGCCAGCAUGCACAGACGCACAAAUAACACAGAGCUCCCCCCCCCCCGCCGCCCCAUCCCCCCUCGCUGUGACAUAUCGACACAAGAAACACACAGAAGGACAUUACACUUAACGCAUGUGUCUCCCGAUCACGAUGGUCCAGCAGGUCGGGUGUGUCCAUGAGCAAAGUGACAGAGCCCCCCCAUGCCUUAUCUCACCCAGGAAGAACACGCAACCCGAGAAACCGACAAAAAAAAGCUUCAUGAGGAACUAUUAUCUUUCCUCUUCAUUUUUGUCAUUUAUACUUGUCAUAGCUACAGUAGGGUGAUAAUAUCGCUUCCAGGUUUGUACAGCAUGGCUCAUGAUGUCUGUAGAUUGUAACGUUAAGAAUUGAUCAUUUAAUUAAUAUUAAAGACCAUUUCUUUGUGCAGGAAGGUAUGAUUGUGUUUCAGUUGUUUAGUAAGGCUUUGGGAUGCUUUAACUCUAUUAUCUGUAUCUUUUACCAUUAUAAAGAGUGACACACAAAGCUGAACACGUACAAGAUUGUUCCAAAAGUCUCCUGGGGAUGUGAACGUGUAGAUGCGUAGACUUCAAGGACCAGGAUUUACGUGCCAUAAUCGCAUACAAUUCUGGGCCCGUCAGCUUAUAUGGUGUCUUAAAAUGUUUGUAUUCAAAAUUGAAGCUACAGUAUCUCCCCUGUUUUGUUUUAAUCCUGGGAGAUGUAGUUUCACUCACACCCAAGGAGCCUGCCAGGUUCGGCUGUUGUUGGAUCAGAGACUGGGUCAAGAUCUCCAGAUAAUGUAGAAAAAGAUUAAAAGUUUGAAAUAGUCACUCACUGUCCAAUUUAAGGUUUACCAGGAAGUGAAAACGUUGUAUUAGUCGUGAUGAUAAAGAAUAUCUGCAGAUUGAGUUGUUUAUUGUAGCAUAUUAUGUAUACACAGCUUAUAUUUCUAGUCCUGCAAACAUAAGAGUGAGAAUACAAAAAAGAUGAAAACAC